AUGGACUUUAUAGAGACUCUACCUAGGGCUGAAGGCAAAGAAGUGGUUAUGGUUGUGGUUGAUAGGCUAACAAAAUAUAGCCAUUUCGCCUCUCUUCCCCGUCAUUACAAUGGACCGAUAGUGGCCAAGGUUCAUCAAGAUUAUGUGGGAAAAUUGCAUGGUAUACCUCAUACCAUAGUAUGCGAUCGUGACUCUAUUUUUUUGAGUAAUUUUUGGAAGGAGUUGAUGAGGCUGGCUGGAACGAAGAUUCACUACAGCACUACCCAUCAUCCUCAAACGGAUGGGCAAAGUGAAGUUGUUAAUAGGACAUUGGAAACAUACUUGCGAUGCUUCAUGGGAGAAAGACCAACGACUUGGGUUAGACCUCUUGCUUGGGCUGAAUGGUCCUACAAUUCCAGCACUCACUCUACUAUUGGGAUCAGUCUAUAUGAGGUUCUCUAUGGGUAUCCACCUCCUUCCAUACCACACUAUGAGGAAGGCACGACGAGUGAUGAUAUGAUUGACUGUGAAUUACGCAACCGAAAUGAAAUUGUGGACUCUCUUCGGAAGAACAUGGCUAAAGCUCAAGACCGAAUGAGUCAAGUCUACAAUAAGGGUCGGAAAGAUAGAGAAUUUUCAGUCGGCGACUAUGUUUGGCUAAAAAGAUUGGCUAUGAGGCAACGUUCACUCAUGGGUCAGCCCUAUUUAAAAUUGUUACCAAAAUACUAUGGACCCUUCAAGGCUGCAGAUCUAGAGAUAGAGGCAUAUCCUUUGUUGGAUGAAGUGACCUCUAAAAUAAGUACCUUAAAUUUGGAACGAGUGCGUCGGUUGAAGAGCCGACUUGUUGCUUUGACCCGGAGGGUUCAGAAGUUUCAUUUCUUACGGGUCAGGGAUGAGAUUGAACAACUUAUGGAUGAUGAUGGUGACAUGGCUGAAAUGUAUCUGACAGACAAAAAGCUGCGAGUGGAAUCUGCUAUUGAUGGUGAUCAAUCUAUAGCCGGUUACAGCUCUAUAGGAGCUGGAAUGUCGGUUUCUACUCCUGUUUCCCCUGUUUCUUCUCCUACAGAAACCCAGAGACUUGAGAAGAGCUUAAGCAUAGCUAGAAGUAGACACGAGAGCAUGAAGAGUUCAGAAAGUGCCGCGGAAAACAUUGAGGAAUUGGAAAUGUUACUGGAAGCCUACUUCGUUGUCAUUGACAGCACCCUCAACAAGCUAACAUCGCUCAAGGAAUAUAUAGAUGAUACAGAGGACUUCAUCAAUAUACAAUUGGACAAUGUGCGGAAUCAGUUGAUUCAGUUUGAAUUGCUGCUUACAACUGCGACAUUUGUUGUUGCAAUCUUUGGGGUAGUAGCAGGAAUCUUUGGCAUGAAUUUCUCGAUAUCACUAUUUGAUGAACCAGAGGCAUUCAAGUGGGUUUUAUUGAUCACUGGUGCAUGCGGAAUUUUUAUUUUCUGCACAUUUUUAUGGUUCUUUAGGCACAGAAGAUUGAUGCCCUUGUAA